AUGUUUAGACAAUUAGCCAGAGCCUCAUUUGGUCCCAGACCAACCACCACCAGAUUCACAUCUGCCGCUGCCAUCAGAGCUCAAUCUACAAUUGCCGGUACUUUCACUGGGGCAAAGAACCCUAACGGAACUUACACUGUGACUUUGAUUGAGGGUGAUGGUAUUGGACCUGAAAUUGCUGAUGCCGUCAAGGAUAUCUAUGCUGCUGCUGAAGUUCCAAUUGAAUGGGAACCUGUUGAUGUUACUCCUUUACUCAUUGAUGGUAAGACUACUUUACCUCAACCUGCCGUCGACAGUGUCAACAGAAACAAGGUUGCAUUAAAGGGUCCCUUAGCCACCCCAGUCGGUAAGGGUCACACCUCAAUGAACUUGACUUUGAGAAGAACUUUCAACUUAUUUGCCAACGUUCGUCCUUGUAAGUCCAUUGUGGGUUACGAAACUCCUUAUGAAAAUGUUGAUACCGUCUUGAUUAGAGAAAACACCGAAGGUGAAUACUCUGGUAUCGAACAUACCAUUGUUCCUGGUGUUGUUCAAUCCAUCAAGUUGAUCACUAAGCCUGCCUCCGAAAAGGUUAUUAGAUAUGCUUUUGAAUAUGCCAAGUCUGUUGGAAAGCCUCACGUUCUUGUUGUCCACAAGGCCUCAAUUAUGAAGUUGUCUGAUGGUUUGUUUGUUAACACAGCCAAGGAAGUUGCUAAGGAAUACCCUGAUGUGUCUUUGGACUUUGAAUUGUUGGAUAACACUUCAUUGAAGUUGACUGCUGACCCUAACCAAUACAAGAACAUCGUCAUGGUUAUGCCUAACUUGUAUGGUGAUAUCAUGUCUGAUUUGUCUUCUGGUUUGAUUGGUGGUUUGGGUUUGACUCCAUCCGGUAACAUGGGUAACGUUGUUUCUAUCUUUGAAGCUGUCCAUGGUUCCGCUCCAGAUAUCGCCGGUAAGGGUUUGGCUAACCCAACUGCUUUGUUGUUAUCUUCUUGUAUGAUGUUGAGACACAUGUCUUUGAACAACUACGCUGACAAGAUCGAAGGCGCUGUUUUGAAGACCAUUGCUUCCGGUCCAGAGAACAGAACUGGUGACUUGAAGGGUACUGCUAGCACCAAGCACUUUGCUAGCCAAGUCAUUGCCAACUUGUAA